GAGGGCGGCGCAGCCGCAGCCGCAGCGCCACCGGAGGAGCGCGCGGCCGCGAGCGACCGAGGGAGGGAAGGGAGGAAGCGAGGGAAGAGGGCGUGCGGCCGUGGGGUCCCGAAGUCAGGCGGCAGCGGCAGCGGCAGGAGGGCGCCCGGGCCGUCGAGUGGGCCGGGGAGAAGCGUGCACCAGGCGGCCGGCGCUGGCUCCCGCGGGCGGGAGACCGGAGAGGAGGAGGGGGUCGCUGCGGCGCGGCAGUCCGCGCAGCUCCCGGGUCGGGGUCUCCUCCCGGCGCUUCGGUCGCCCUCGGGGCCCCGCUCCCCGCCCCCCGCGGUAUGUCUUGAUCGCGAGCGGCGGGUUUCAUGGGGCUCCUCAGGAUUAUGAUGCCGCCCAAGUUGCAGCUGCUGGCGGUGGUGGCCUUCGCGGUGGCGAUGCUCUUCUUGGAGAACCAGAUCCAGAAGCUGGAGGAGUCCCGGGCGAAGCUAGAAAGGGCAAUUGCAAGACACGAAGUCCGAGAGAUUGAACAGCGCCAUACAAUGGAUGGCCCUCGGCAGGAUACGACUCUGGAUGAAGAGGAAGACAUAGUCAUCAUUUAUAACAGAGUGCCCAAAACUGCAAGCACCUCGUUCACCAAUAUAGCCUACGACUUGUGUGCAAAGAAUAGAUACCAUGUUCUUCACAUCAACACUACCAAAAAUAACCCAGUUAUGUCAUUGCAAGAUCAGGUGCGCUUUGUGAAGAAUAUAACCACCUGGAACGAGAUGAAGCCAGGCUUCUAUCACGGACACAUUUCUUACUUGGAUUUUGCAAAAUUCGGUGUGAAGAAGAAACCGAUUUAUAUCAAUGUCAUCAGGGACCCUAUUGAGAGGCUAGUUUCCUACUAUUACUUCCUGAGGUUUGGAGAUGAUUACAGACCAGGACUAAGGAGACGGAAACAAGGAGACAAAAAGACCUUCGAUGAAUGUGUGGCUGAGGGCGGCUCAGACUGUGCUCCAGAGAAGCUCUGGCUUCAGAUCCCGUUCUUCUGUGGCCACAGCUCAGAAUGCUGGAAUGUAGGGAGCAGAUGGGCCAUGGACCAGGCUAAGUCUAACCUCAUUAAUGAGUACUUCCUGGUGGGAGUCACCGAGGAGCUCGAGGACUUCAUCAUGCUGCUCGAGGCAGCUUUGCCCCGAUUCUUCCGGGGCGCUACUGACCUCUACCGUACAGGAAAGAAAUCUCACCUUAGGAAAACCACAGAGAAGAAGCUGCCCACCAAGCAGACUAUCGCAAAGCUGCAGCAGUCUGACAUUUGGAAGAUGGAGAACGAGUUCUAUGAGUUUGCUCUGGAGCAGUUCCAGUUCAUCCGAGCUCACGCUGUCCGAGAGAAAGACGGAGACCUCUACAUCCUGGCCCAGAACUUUUUCUAUGAAAAGAUUUACCCUAAGUCGAACUGAGCACAGGUGUGGCCAGAGCACUCCUGCCCCGGAGCUUGACUGUGUCACCACCUUUCUCAGCCUCCUGCUGAUGCGUGUGCGAGCUGUGAGCCACGCUGAGCUGGGGACAGACAUGAAUGUCAAGGAGUGAGAUGCUGGCGGGCUGGCGGAGUCCUGUGGAGUUUUCAACUUUCAGGCAUUUUUACUUUUUUGUUGUUUCGUUUUCGUUUUCAUGCUAGUUAUAAUCUUGUCCUGGUGCAGGGGCGGGGCUUACAUUGCCUAAAAUGCACACAUGGACGUUUAGUCAGACGGCUGAGUACCAUUUCAGAAGAGGUUCUGACGCUCGUGCUUUGCAAAGCAUUUCGUUGCCUCUCCUUGAAUGAAGAGGAGUCCGUUUGCCACUUACCCUUCUGGAGUUUGUGCCGCCACCUCUGCUGGAUAGUGCUAAAAUAUGUUUGGCAGUAUCUGAUUUAUUUGUAUGAAUCAUGUCUCACAAAGUUUAUUAGAAUGUUUGAUCAUGUUUUCUCAGAACAUUUCUGCUACAGUUGGGUUUGCCCAUAUUUAUGUAGACUUUAUUUUAUUUUAUUUUAUUUGAUGAUCAUUAGUGUUAAAGAAAUCAACUUAAACCAUGAAUAAUACUGUAAGAAGGUAAAAAGUUAAAGCAGUAUUCCUGACUCCUGUCACCCCAGUAUCCAAUAUUGGGAUGAUAUUUCUAAGAAUGUGGACAUUAUCUGAGGCUUUCUUAAGGAUUUCCACAUAUCAAUAUCAAAAAAGUGAGUUUAAUACUUGUUCCUUCAUGGCGUAUCUGUACCCCUGAACACUGGCAUAUUGGUGAUCGCACAUGGCAACUCCAUCAGUGAGCUGUGAUGUGGGUAGGAUUUGCCUACUCUGUACUUUUACCUGUAGACUAUUUUUACUACGGUGCUUUAUAAUGUGUUUUAAAGCAUUGCAUUUACAAAAGGAAAAUGCUGUAAAUAAUUGCAUAUUUUAUGUAUUUGGACCAAAAAGUUACAAGUAAGUAGACAACAGUGGAGUUGCACCCGUUUUAUUAUGUCGAGUAAAGUCGUCAGACCUCCUAUCCUAGUCUGGUAUUUCUCGUUUAACGUUACUGUUAGGAUGUCACUAAAAUGAGCUAACGUAGCCUUUCAGGUUUGAUAGAGAACAGUGCUCAUCCCUGAGGCAGAAGUGAUCAUACAAAAGGUCAUAGAGUCUGAGGGUUUGAUCUCUGGUUCCAGCUCUGUACCUUCCUGCUGUGUGAUGUUAGGAAGUCACCUGACCUCUCUGCCUCAGCUUCCUCAUCUUGAGAUCAGGACACUAAGACCUUCUCUCCCUGCCUCACAGGGAUGUUGUGAGGACUAAGGAAGAUGGCAUGGUGAAGAGCACUUUAAAAGUGUGGCGUGGUGUUCAAAUGUGAGGUGUUUUCACAGAAGUAUCUCUAGCUGAUAGUUUCACAGUCUCCAUUCUUUUAACAACAAAAAGGGAAAAUCCACUUUUAAGCUUUAUGAGAAAAAAAAAACCUUCCUCUUGAUAUAAAUUUGUGUUUGAUAAAUAUCUUCUCAGUGUUUUAUCUUCUGUGCUUCAGCAACUAUUGAAGUGUGAACUGCUUAUGCACGCGAGAGACUCAGACUGUCACUAGCUGAGGAGCAGGAAAGCCUUCUAUAAGCUUGAAGGAUGUUCUUGUUUGUAUCUAACUUUGUCAUCCGAAAAUGGUGGCUAUUUUACACUUGUGCUUGUUAACGUGUAUUUUGUAGAAUUUAAUUUCUCUAUUAAUUCUUCACCUACUCCCUCUUUACAGCCAGAAUUCGGAUUCCUCUCAGACACUUUUCUAAAGGAGUAAUUAUUUGUAUCUUUAAAUGUUUCUAAACAGGACCUCAUCAAACAAAGCAUUUUCAACAGAAGACUUUAAAGUAUUUCUCGUGUAAUAGGAGGAGUGAAGGACACUCAGAUCAGAAGCACUUAGGAAGAUUAAAGGAAUGACUGAAUCACAGGUCCCACCAGGAUGAAAGUAUUAGGGGAACAUAGCAGCAUUUCCCUCCCCCUCCCUCCUUUCCAGUGAAAGUUUCUAGGUCCUGCUAAAAACAAGUUGUUUUCUUGUCCAGGCAGGCAUCUGGCUGUUGAGUAAAUCUGAGGUUAUUCUUGAGAGUUCGCACUAAACUCUUAGGUAGUUAGGGUAGCACUUAGAACACUAACUGGGACUUUCCCUAAACUGUCCUCAUAAAAGACCCGAGUAAUACGUAUGGUCUCUCUGCAGCUCUUACUGUUGGAAAGGAGCUGUCACAGACAGGAGAGGCAAAGGGCUGUGGUUAGAGCUUAGUAAAACCUUUAUUUACAGAACAGAAGACAUAUUAGAUAUGAACCAAGAGCCACAAGCCCUCGCUCACCCUGUGAGGGAUUGUCAUGGAGAGGCCGUGUCUGUGUCCGGACCACGUUCUCCAAAGAGUUCCUCUACCUCCCAUAUCUCCCAGAUCAUGACCCCAAGGACUGCUUUCUGACUCAGUCUCUCCCCCGCUUCCUUCUGUCUUACCUUGCUGUCAGAUGACCCGUUUUCCUUGCUCACCUGUACAGAUUCAGGACAUUUCUUUUAUCGCUUUUGGAGUGAAUGGAUUCCAAGUUUCCUUUCUGGAGACUAAGAAAAGGGUCGGCUUGCUUCUCUAAGAGUCCUGGGAGCCUGGGUCUUUAGAACAUAUAACUGUGUAAACAUAUGAAUAGAACCACUGAGACAAUGUGUAUUUUUUACAUGUGGCAAAUGCUUUUCUUUUUUUGACCUUUGUGCUUUUUCAGUAAUUUGACCUUAGAAAAAUGGUUUUUAUAUGAUAGUAAAGGAAAAUAACCACUUUGAAUUUUAAAGAUAAUGUCAAUGUGUGUAUGUAUCUCUGUUUAUUUCCUACAGAAGAAGAGGUAGCUUUUUUGUGUUCCGCUUGUACCAGCCGUCUUCUUAUUGCUGAGAAAUGGCCACUAUUGAUAAACCUUUAUGUUUUAAAACGUAGUGGGGAGGGUAUAUUUUGAUCUCCUCUGGCUUUAAUUUCUAGAGUGUCACUUAAAUAUGUCUGGUAGCAAACCUUGAAGCACCGCAUAGAUGCUGCUCCUGUGUCCCCUGAUAGUCACACAGUCCCUAACAUCCGCUGCUUCUGGCCUCCUGAGCAUUGGAUUUAAAUAGCCAAAACCUACAAAGCUCCAAGUUGCCAGCCUUUUAAACACUUGCUUUUUCCUUCUGUUCUGAAAAUCCAGACAGCACCUAUAAUUUGGACUCUACUGAUCUUCCUCAUUAUGUGUCCUGUUGGAAACCCCUACAAUCGCCUGCUCCGUCAGGGGCCUUACCAGAGUAAUUUGACGUUGUAUUUGCAUAGAUGGAUAUGAAAUAGUUUAUAGAUGACAAUUCUCUUUUUUGAAUAAAAUGAAAUUUUUGAAAA